GGUAUAACUCGACGGCAUAAAACCAUCAUGGGAGCCCGGUCGUUCACCAUUCGCCGGGCGUCGCUCACCAGCAGCACUCGUCACGACAAUAGCGAUGACCAGCGAACACGACCGCGUGGCGAGGGGAGUCGCAUGGACGGCGAUGCUUGUCUUGUUUACCUGCUUCGCCGUUGGACUGUGCGGGCCGCGCAGGUACGUCAAUCGCGAAACCCAGCGGUACCUUGAGCAUCGGGAGAUGGUACAGCGGGAAGGGCGAUGCAAGUUUCCUCGGCGACGAACUAUCUGCGUGCAAGACAAGUACCCAAAUGAAAGCAAGCGGUACGAGCCACACUGCACCGUGGUGCACCGGUGCCAACCGGACAUGGCCUGCUGCAACAGCGAAGACAAGCACUGCCAGCCAAAGAGUAUACAGAUGGUGGAGCGCACUUUUGCGGUUGUUCAGAUUGACGCUACAGGGGAACAGCGCAAGUUUGAGACGCUAACGUUCGAGAACCACACCGAGUGCGAAUGCCGGUCCAAGUACGACCCCAUCCGAUGACGCAGCGCUACGCCUAGACAAACAAUGGCGGAACCACGACUGCACGCCGGGCACUGGACUGGACUCGCCAGCUUCCCUACCCCCGGCAAGGACUUGUGAUGGCUUCUUCUUCGCACCCUCCGCGCAACGAGGGCCCACCGCUCAACAUACUCGUUAUUUAUUACCAUGUGCUUCGUCCAUCAUCGCUGCACGCUAUUUAUUAUCCACAUGGACCAUUCGCACCUGAGACGGAAGCGGACGCGCUCCUAGUCACAUCAACCAUUAUUUAUUUGUAAAUAAACAAAUUUACAUAUUUUUACA